AUGACUAAUUUCUCCACACUGACUGUGAUCUUUACUGCGUACGGCCCACCUGGUCCGUCCAAUCAGGCGUUUUUCUUCUUCCUCUUUGUGGUCUAUGUGUCCAUAUUGUGUGUUAACCUGUUUCUGGUGUUGGUUAUUUGGGUGGAGGAGAGCCUGCACAGACCCAUGUACAUCCUACUGGUCAGCUUGGCCAUCAAUGAGGUGAUAGGCAGCUCCUCUGUCUGCCCAAAAAUCAUGGAGUUCCUUCUGGUGGACAAGCGGGAGAGCUCUCUGGGAGGCUGUUUGACACAGGUGUUUUUCAGCAACUUCUAUGGCUCUGGUGUGUAUGCUGUCUUAGCCCUGAUGGCCUAUGACAGGUAUGUUUCUAUCUGUAAGCCCCUGCAGUACCACUCCAUCAUGACACCCAGCAGGCUCAGGCUGCUGCUGGCGGCGGCCUAUUUGGUUCCUUGCAGCUGCAUCGGGUUGCAGAUUUAUCUGAGCUCACAGAUUCAGCUGUGCAGCAACACCAUCGAUAAGUUUCUGUGCGACCACCAGAGCGUUCUCAGCCUCUCUUGUCACAGUAAGAGUUGGCUGCACACCUACAGCCUGGUUUUGAUUGUCUGUCUGAUCUUCGUGCCUUUCUUCCUGGUCAUUCUGUCCUACAUCCACAUUCUGACGGUCAGCCUCAGAAUGCCAAAGGAGUCUCAGAAGAGAGCGCUGCGCACCUGCACGCCUCACCUGAUCACCUUCAUCAAUUUCUCCACUGUGUCCUCCCUCGUUGUGAUUUAUAACCGCAUAAAUCUGAAUCUGACAUACUCGGUCAACUUGUUUAUAUGUAUAAGUUUUAUUUUCAUCCCCCCUUUAGUGCACCCGGUGAUUUAUGGCAUUAAAACCAAACAAAUACGCAAAAGUGUGCAGAAAAUAAUCAGGCAGAGGAAGCUUCCCUCGUGA